CUCCCCGCCCACCCCUACCUAAGAUGGUAGACGCGGAGUCGGCGAUGUUAUAAAAACAAUAAACACCCGCGGCUCCAUUGGUCGAGAGGAUCGGCCCCAGAGGUCGCGGUUCGCGUGCGGAUGAGACAGAGCGAAGACCUCUCCCCACCGGCGUGUGGAGCAAGGAGAGAGGUCCCCGGGUGUUUAGUGUGAAAGAUACGUGAACGUGUUCGUUCUCGAAUUGCGUGCGUAACCUAUUUCGCAUCGUACGUAGCCAAUCGUGUUAAUUGGAGGUGUGAGGAGAAGGGAGCAUGACAAGCUAAAUGCAAAAAAGCAGUUCUAAAUAAAUUAUAAAAUAAAUCAAAGUUAUCCAUCUCGAGCAGAGCUCCAGUGCCUGCCCAAUACCGGAGGAACGUUCCAGACGGCCGCAGAAGCGCAUCUGAAAGCGCGAGAAUUUGUCAUCUUAAGACCAUUUUCUUAAAUUUUCGAUUUAAAGCUUGGAUUCAUAUUCUUCGUUCUUUCGGUAAAGUCACGUAGAAGGGAAAUAAUAAAAAAUAAAUUAUUUUUGUAUUUCCCUUCUACGUGACUUUACCGAAAGAACAAAUAAUAAAUUGUAUUUAGUUGGUGACCGUUCAAAGCCAUGCUGAUAAGCGCGUGGCUUCGGCCACGCCGUUACGCGAACUUCAUCGUUCGAAGCAUCGCAUCGUCAUCAUCAUCAUCGUCUGGACCUGGCAAUGUUGGCUUUCCUCUUCCAACACCUCCACGCUCCACCUGGGAGAGAGGCAUGGGCGGCGUGAGGAAGCAGCUCUCUGCCCUGAAGGAGCACCUGCGUGAGAAGGUGGUGGGCCCAGACGGAGUCCCGCUGGGCACCUACAUGGCCCAGCAAAGCCACGUGCCCUGGGCAUGCAGAGGCCCUCACUGCCUCGAGGAUUGGCUCGUCUCGUCAGAUGCUGAGAUGGGCGGACGCAGCCGAUCGUUUUUAUCGCUGAGCAAGAACAACAAGACCCUGCUCUUUCAUGGCGAACUCGAUAACUACAUCCCUCGAGACGGCAGGACCAAGUACAGCGGGUACUGCACGCUGAGGUCCAAGCCCCGGUUGGGUUUCAUGAACAAGAAGAAGGCCUUCGACUGGGGAGACAUGAACGUGCUGUUCCUGCGAGUGAGAGGAGACGGGAGACCCUACAUGAUCAACAUCAGCGUCGACAACUACUACACCCACAUGCAGAACGACCUCUACCACUACUUCCUCUUCACCCGCGGAGGCCCUACCUGGCAGGACGUCAAGAUUCCUUUUUCCAAGUUUUUCCUGGCAUCUCGUGGCAGGAUUAAUGACGUACAACAUCCCAUUCAGACAGACCGGGUCGGGACGCUGGGCUUCACUUUGGGCGAGCAGGCGGAUGGGCCUUUCCAGCUCGAAAUCGACUUCAUCGGCGUCUACAAAGACCCCGCGCACAGCGAGGAGUUUGCGUAUGAGACGUACAAGCGGAACCCCAACGCCAAGCGGUGACCCAGUUGUCGCGAGCGGCACCGCCAGGGGCGGACGGGAGAUGCGGCCAAUGCCACGGCUGCACUGCACAGCCCCAUUGCUGCACGAGCGUGCGUGAGAGCACAUGAAUGAGUUAUUUAAAUAACGAAUUGUUAUAUGUUAUAGUAAUACAGUAAAACCUUGGAUUGCGAGCAUAAUUCGUUCCGGAAACGUGUUUGUAACCCAAAGCACUCGUAUAUCAGUUGUGAUCAUGUGACGCUCGGCAGACAAAGCGUAUACGCGUACUACUCGUAUUGCAAGACCUCGCUCGUUUAUCAAAUUAAUAUUUAUUAAAAAAAUUGCUCGUCUUACAAAACACUCGCAGACCAAGUUACUCGCAAUCCAAGGUUUUACUGUAUAGUUUAGCAGGAAGCUGCCGUGGUGUAACGGUUCAGCACAAUGGACUCGCAGGCCGGAGGUCAGAGGUCGCAAACAGGUUUUGAUUCUGUACCCGUACCCGGCCGCACCAGGGUCACAAACGGCCGGGUACGGGUAGCCGGGUAUUGGGUAGGGUACGGGUAUCGGGUACCCGGUUGUGACAUCUGCUGUAGGUCGCCGGUUGCAUCUCAUCUCUCGGCAUGGCAGUCAAACCCAUGGGGCAAGUUUAUUAAAAUCCCUCUGUCCACAGAGCAGUCGAAAUGGGUUUACCACAGUUCAUGGGCAGACCGAGUGUGGUGGGAUAAAGUGUGGCUACUCCCUCUGCUUCCAACACAUGCAGUUAGAGUAUGAGACCAGCGGAUGCCCUUCUGGCAGUCGUGGCAUGGCAAAGCAAUUGCAGAGACCCGUGUGUUGAAUUUCAUUCUCACCAUACGUAGCCAAUUGUGCUAAUCGGAAGCUAUGUUCAGGUUUCACUCGCUUCGUGCAGGUUCGGUUUGUGCAGUUUUGAGUAUAUGCGGUUAGCCUAUUUGUACCCAAUAAUUUGCGAUGUGGUUUGAAUUCACUCCACAUGUGGUCGGACGUGGGACAACAUUGUACUUUGUGUGUGUGCUGUAUGCACUACUCAGCAGGUAGCUGUCCCUAUCGCUUAACGCGUGGGAAGUCUGUAUACUAAAUUCAUAGUUAUGCAAAACGUGUAAAAACAAAGCGAGCAAGAUGUAUUGUUCCUAACAAUAACAAGAAGCCACAUUUGAGAUCCGAGUGUUAAUAAAUUACUUUUAUUGCAAAACAGCCA